AUGGUGGAAGACCCCCUGCAGACGGUCGGAGGGCCAGGAGGACAAGGCCUCAGACACGUUUAUCCCCAGUCCUCUAAGAAGAACCGGUACCAGGCGUGGAGAUCGGAGGGUUGCGGUGAGGAGUUCCGGUAAGGAUGGCUCGGAGGAGGCCCCCCAGGUGAAUAGUAGGCACGGGCGAUCUGCCAUUGUGUCGGGGGCAAGGGCCCAAGAUGGCGCCGGCAUGGCGGUUCGUUCCCGGAGUCCGCCGUCUCUUCCGUUAAGAGCGGAAGUGACCUCAUCGCGUCCGACGCAUGGACACAGAAGAAUGACUUUGGACGCAUCGCCGGGGGGGCGCGUACAUGACGCUGGCACAGCCGGAUGCUGCCACGACACAGGCCCAGCCUCCCCUUCCUCUCCAGCGGGUCGGGGACCCCGGAUCUAUCCUCAGGAGCCCAGCAACUCUGCCGGAAGCCGGCAGGUGUGCCAGACAUCGUGAAAGAGAUGUCAGAAGCCCUGAAACUCUGCCAGAAGCAGGCAGGAGUGCCAGACACCCAGGGAGAGAUGCUAGAAGAUCCUCAACUCUGCUGGAAGCCAGCAGGAGUGCAAGGAGAAUCAAUUCUGCUCGGGGUGAGUCAGAUUCAGGCUCUUGGACAGAGGAAGAGGAAGAAGCUGUCAUACCUACAGUGCAGGAGCCGCCUGUACCACUCUCCAGGAAUGA